AAAUACGGCAAAAACAAGGAAAAUAAUAAAUUGAACAAUUAACAGAAGAGAUCCAUCUGUCAGUAAUAAGAGAAGAAGGCAAUUCAAAUUAAUUAAUUUUCAGAAAAUAAAUUAUUUGAAUAAUGGAAAAAGCUAAAAAUAAACGUGAAGCCAAAGAGGAAAAAUUGAAAGAACAAAAAAUUGAAGAGCAGAUGAUGAAACUCUUAGAAGAACUCAAGAGUCCGGAAGAUAAGUUACGUUUAUUGUUGACCAAAUAUGUUGAAACUGAACUCAAAAACCGGCGUUUAGGACAGGAUCUGAAAACACAUGAGAAACAACUAGAAGCGGUGGUUAGAGAAAAGGAAAACUUACAAAGGGAUUAUAAUAAAAAUUUACUUAUGAGAGAUAAAUUAACUGAAGUAUGUCGAGAACAACAAAAGUUAAUAAAAUCGGUAAAAAAUGAAAGUAUGCAAAAGAUUCGCGAAGAGGAAGAGAAACGCAAGGAAAACCAAUCGAAAUUUCAAAGUUCUUUGAACGAAAUUACCCAAUCGUUGAGCAAAAACAAUGAAGAAAAUAAUAAAUUACGUGAUCAUAAUAUUGAAAUGACCAAGAAAUUAAAAUUUCUGGCUGAACAGUAUCAGGCUCGGGAACAACAAUUGGAGAAACUUAAUGAACAAGUGCAACUUGAAUCGCAAUUGCAUCAGGCGAAAUUGAAUAAAGUUCAAGUCGAGGCAGCCAUGGAGAAAGAGAUACUAAUCAAAGAAAAACAAAUUGCUUUAGAGAAAUUAAUGCAAACGCAGAAAAUGCUUCAAGAGUUAACGGAACGUGAACAAGCCUUAAAGGAACAACUGAGUUUGUAUACUGCCAAAUAUGACGAUUUUCAAAAUUCUUUACAAAAAUCAAAUGAUAUAUUUGCCACUUAUAAAUUGGAAUUGGAAAAGAUGAGCAAAAACACUCGUAAAAUAGAAAAAGAAUCUUUAGAAUGGAAACGUAAAUGGGAGAAAAGUAAUGCUACACUUAUCGAAUUAGCCACGGAGAAGAAAGAACGUGACGAGCAUGCCUUGCGUUGUAAUAAGCAAGUAGAGCAAUUGCAAAAAUUGCUAAGAGCUUUGCAAAACGAACGCAAUCAUUUGUAUAAAGUGAUUAAGGAGCAUAAUGUAGAUGUGCCGCCGUUACCUGUCUUGCCGCCCGAACCGGAGCCUCUGAAGGUUACACCGAUUAAUGCGGCCGAUAAAGAUAAAAUGGAGGUGAUGUCUCGCAAUUGUGCUGAACUAAAGAUGACUUUGGCCAAUUUACAAAAUCAAAUGAAAUAUUUGAAUAUGAAAGGUGCUGAGGCCGAGGAGCAAUGUCGUCAAUUGCAAGCGCAAGAGGAAGCGAUUAAAAAAAAGCAAAAGAAAAAAACAAAAUCUAAGAAAAAUGCAAUUGUAACCGCAGCCACAGAAGUUUCCACAACAUCCAAUAUUAAAGAAUUAUCACCGACUAACUCAGAGAAGUCUUCCGCCACCAAAAAGGAUUUUGACGAUAGUGUUAAUGAAAGUGCUUCCCAAGAAUUGUUAUUGAGCGAAGAUUUUAAAGAUGUAAUGGCUUCAGAAGUGUCGAAGGAAGAAGCAGAAAUGCCUGCAUUUAAUAUGUCCGAUAAUUUGGCGGCGAAUCUUUGCGUAGUUACGGAACCGGUGCCAAAUUAAAUUACCGUUAUCAUUAUCGAUUUCCUUCGUUUACAACGAUAUUGUAUCAUUUUUUAGAUAUAAAAAAAAGCUUCGACUAUUCUUUCUCUUAUAAAUCAUAUUUUGAUAAAUUAAAUACUUUC